AUGAAGUUCACUGGAAUUGCUGCUUCUCUUGCCCUCGCUGGCACUGUCUCUGCCGCUGCUAUCCCGGUUGUGGAUACUACCGUUCAGUCUACGCUUAGCCAGCUGACCGGCGUUCUCGGAAAAGUCGACAAUGUUGUCGGUGGUCUUGUUGGCUGCGCUAGCACCGACCUCACUGGUCUGAAAGACGAACUUUCCACCAUUGAAGGCAAGCUGACCCAGCUGCUUCCCUCCAACAAGCGUGACCUUACUGGUACUGUCGGUGGCGUUGCUACACCUGUGGUCGGAAUCGCCGGUGAUGCCGCUGGCACCGUUGGGGGUGUUACCGGCGGUGCUGUUAACACUGUUGGACACGUCGUUGAUGGAGCCGUCAACACUGUCGAAGGUGUUGCUUCGCCCGUUGUCAAGACAGCCGGUGCUGCUGUCAACUCUGUCGCCUCCCCUGUCGUCAACGUGGCUGGCGGAGCCGUCGGCACUGUCAAGGGAGCAGCCAGCGGCGUUGUCUCUGCUGACGUCAACCUGAAGCGCGACAUCACCGACCUUUCUGGUCUUUCUGAGACUCUUGUCGCCAAGAUCCAGAGCGGUGACCUGACCGCCGGCGCCCUUGAGAACAUCCUGGGCCUCCUCAGCCAGAACGGUGGUCUCGCCAACCUUCAGUCUGUCCUUCCCCUUCUGUAA